AUGUCACAAUUAUCACAACCACAACCGCGGCUAUACUCGACCGGGUCCAGGUCAGCCCAAGAUGCGCUCAUCACAGCCUCUACAGCCCCUGUUCUUGAGCUCCGACAGAAUAGCCCCCAAGACUGUUCCAAUCUGAUCGCAGCCUCUGUGGACAGAGCGACAGUGGAAAUCUCUAGGACGAUCAUUGCCCUCAACGCAACAUUCAGCCAACAAUUGCAACAAGCGUCAAUAUCAGCUUCGAAUGCCAUCAAAGCCGCAGAAAACUCAGCAUCGUCGUCGAUCUCCAUUGUCUCCCAAAACGCCAGUAGUGCUACCUCGUCUGCCUCCUUCAGUCUGAAUCUUGCAAACUUGGCAGUGACCAGUGUGAACUCCGCACUGACAAAUGCGAAUAUCGCCCUGGCCAGCGCACAGUCCCAAGUACUCGACGUGAAUUUGGUUCUGACAAUGACAACCGCCAUCUCCAUUGCACCAAUACAGCUAGCAGCUAUAGUGGUCGGGACCAUGCUCGCCUCUGUUUUUCUAAGCUUCGCGACUGGCUUUGUUCUAAUCAGAGCGAGGAACAAAGGGAAGCGCAGCCACUCCGACGAGAAAGGGCCCGCAAGAAAUCCAAACACGCUGCUUUCAAGACACAGCUUAGGGGUUCGCACGGGCAAUUCGGUAGUGAUCAAGUUCAGUCCGCCGACCUCCGUACACGAAGACCAUCCAGAACUCGAGCGGAAGAGAAGUUUCUCAACCACUCGUUCAACCACAGGGCGAGAGCAUGUAUCCUUUGUGACACCUUUGGACAACAAGGAGUCCACCAACAAUCCUUUCACAUCAAGAUCUGAUGCGUGGCCUCUCACAUCGAGUUUCACACAGGACUUGAAUGUCGCGUCUGGUGAUUUUUGGACCCAAGAUAUAAUAACCACACCGCAAGAUAUAGACGCACAGAACACUGCGUCAGCUCCACUUGGACUUGCUCCAAAUUUAGACCCGGACGCGAAAUCAGCAAUCAGUUUGGUAUCUUUGCGGGAAAUGACAGAAGACUCAGCUCCAGGACUCAUCCCGGAUUCAUAUGAGACAGUCUCGGAUGAUAAACCGAGGCUAAUCGGAGGGGAUGCCCAGGGAAUGACUUACGAAGUGAUUGGAAAUGAAGCGGAGAACAUCGUACCAGCCGAGGCAGCACUUGAAGAUCCAUUCGAAGACCCUAUCGCGGAGACGUUCGAGGGAGCCGCCGAUGAGCGUUUCGAGAGCUUUGCUGAGCAUUCUUUAGACCAACGCUCACAGGCAGCAGGCAACACCUUGACAGAUGAGGGCUGUCAAGAACAAACGGUCAAGAAGGACGCCACAAUAAUAUCGAAUGAUAUAAACGAAGCCCUGCUUGAGGAGGCUGUCGUGGAAAUGUUUAUUCACACAGUCGAAGAUUCAGCACCUGAACCUCUUGCGUUUUCCCCAGUCGUCGAUGCGAACAUUGUUGGCUCUAGGACACCGGCCCUCCCUGAACAGAGCGAAAUCAUCAGCCAGCAAGACUCGUCUCCUUGGGUACAGUCAAUACUACCACAGAAGACAUCGGAACAUGAGCCAGUCAAGGAACCUUUGUCACAAACACAGGACACAGCCAAGCAGUCUCUGUCGGAAUCGAGAGACCGAACCAUUUCACCGCUUCGUCGAAAUCCCUUCGUCGGUUUCCUUGAAGCGGAAAUUGAUUCUCGCAGUCCUUCUCAAGCCGGAACCGGAGAUGAGGAGAGAGACAUUUCACCGUUGCGACGGAAUCCUCCUUUCCAAGACAUAGUCACACUCUUGAAAGAGCAAGAGUCGGGUCGCGACACCACGAAGCUGGAAGAGGUAGACGGCGACGAAUUUGAAUCCAGAGGUAGAUCAAUGAUUCGGACAUCUGAUAUCAUCGAGGCAAGGCUUUCGGGUUUGGCGCAGACUAAGCAGCCACAUGAGGAAACAACGCGGCGGAGAAGCACAGAAGGCGGAACCAACGACUCCUUGCCAGCUAGUCCAACGCAUCCCCAGCAUAUCAGCGUGAUAAACCAGUUAUCUAAAACACCAAUUUCACCAAAACGAAAUCCCGUCGCUGAGAAGCAGACAAUUCUUGCCAAGAAUUCAUUACCGCUCACUUCCAGCUCGCUCUCUCGGCCAGUCUCAGCCACGUCUGCAGCUGCACCCUUACGACGCGACGAGUCAUCACCUCUACGUCGCAAUCCCCCAGGCGCCGCAGAUCUACGCUCGGUUCUUAAUGCAAGGCCUACAGCAAGCGGCAACGCAAAAGAAUUCUCCGAAGCUCUUUCCAAAUUCCAGACACUUGUUUCUCAAAACCCUCAAGAUGCAGUCGUCGCAUCCAACGAGGUGACUUCUCGUGCCAUCGCAGGCAUCUAUAUCCCUGGUAGCUUGAGAGAACAGGCAGUGAGAAAUCUGAGUAAGAGUAGAGAAAGAGGCGCUGGGGAAAGGCAAAGGAAGUAG